AUUGAACAUUACACCACGCAUUAUCAGCCCGUACUACACCCAUUGCUGGAACAGAAUACACCUUCGAUGACUACCAAACCGGAUUUCCGAUCUAAUGAAAACUCCUCCAACCUCAUCGCCUAAGAGUGCGCGGACCGCAUCAAAUUUUUUUCCCUCUGCUUCUUUUUCAUGCCAAAAUUUUCCUCUUUCAAAACACAACAAAGAACACUUUAACAGGACACAAACAAGGCCAAGUUCGAGUGUACAACAAUGGAUAUCGCUAAACCUGUCGGUUCAGAGAUUGUCUCAGUGGACUUUGGUGCUCUUACUGCAGAUGAGAUCCGCAAGCUGUCUGCUAAACAGAUCACGAACCCAACAGUCUUUGACAACCUGGGUCAUCCCAUCUCUGGCGGUUUGUACGAUUUGGCUCUCGGAGCGUUUUUGAGGAACUUGUGUGCUACGUGUGGACUGGAUGAUAAACACUGUCCUGGUCAUCAAGGUCAUAUCGACCUGCCUAUUCCAGUCUACAACCCGCUGUUCUUCAACCAACUCUACAUCUUUCUGAGAUCUGCUUGUCUCUACUGCCACAAGUUCAAGCUCAAGUCAUUGGAGGUCCAUCUCUUUGCCUGCAAGCUGAGACUCAUACAGUACGGACUGCUGCUGGAGACAGCUGAGAUUGACAAUAUGCGUCUUGACUUGGAUGUCGAGGAGGACGAGGCCGAGGAGGAAGGAUUCCUGUCGUCCAACCCGCAGGCUGAGAAGGACCUCAUUGCCAGAAGAGAAGAAUUCGUUGAUGUUUCCGUCGCCAAGGCAUUGUCAGAGGGAAGAACUAGCGAGUAUGGUAUUCAAACGGCCUCUGUUAACGAGGAGCGUAAGAAGCUGAUCCACGAUUUCUACAAGAGAAUCUUGUCCAGAAAGAAAUGUGAUAACUGUUCCAUGUUCUCACCAACUUUCAGAAAAGAUGGAUUCACCAAAAUCUUUGAAAACCCAUUGACCGAUAAACAGGAGAUUAACAACAGAGUCAAGGGUCAAUCGCGUCAAAACAUGAUCAAGGCUGGUAACAAGAAGGCAAGUGGUGAUCAUGACCUGGAUGCUCCUCAAAGAAGAACAGUAUCUAAGGGAUCCAAGUACGUCUUGAGCACUGAGGUCAGAAACAUCAUGCGUGCUCUCUUCAAGAGGGAGGAGAGAAUCAUUCAUUUCUUGUUCCACUCAAGACCAAAAGCUACGGAUAGAACUUCACCAGACCUGUUUUUCCUCCAAGCUGUUGUGGUUCCACCAACAAGAUUCCGUAUGCCUUCGAAACUUGGUGAAGAGGUCCAUGAAAACUCUCAAAAUGAGCUGUUGUCCAAGAUUUUGACAACAUCUUUGCUCAUCCGUGAUUUAAAUGACCAAAUCUCCACCGUUGAAAAGGACAAGAUGACUGCUGAUGAUAGAAAAAUCACUUUCAACAGACUCAUGAAUGCAUUUGUCACCAUUCAAAACGAUGUCAAUGCCUUCAUUGAUUCUACAAAGAACCAAAAUGCCGGCGCCUCUCGUAAUCCAGUUCCGGGUGUGAAGCAAGCCCUUGAGAAGAAGGAAGGUUUGUUCAGAAAGCACAUGAUGGGUAAACGUGUGAACUACGCUGCUCGUUCGGUUAUCUCCCCAGAUCCAAACAUCGAGACAAACGAGAUUGGUGUCCCACCAGUGUUUGCCAGAAAGCUCACUUAUCCUGAGCCGGUCACUGCUCACAACGCUGCAGAGUUGCGUCAGGCUGUGAUUAACGGACCCGACAAGUGGCCAGGUGCCAUCCAAAUUCAAAAUGAGGAUGGUUCUCUGAUAUCUUUGAUUGGUAUGACUUUGGACCAACGUAAGGCCUUGGCCAACCAAUUGAUGACUCCAUCUGGUAACACAUCUCAUGUUAUUAACAAGAAGGUUUACCGUCAUAUCAAGAACAAGGAUGUUGUGAUCAUGAACCGUCAACCAACUUUGCACAAGGCUUCUAUGAUGGGUCAUAAGGUUAGAGUCCUGCCUGGUGAAAAGACACUGCGUUUGCAUUAUGCCAACACUAAUGCUUAUAAUGCUGAUUUCGAUGGUGAUGAAAUGAAUAUGCAUUUCCCACAAAACGAAAAUGCAAGAGCUGAAGCUUUGAACUUAGCAAACACCGACUCGCAAUACUUGACUCCAACUUCUGGUUCUCCUUUAAGAGGUUUGAUUCAAGAUCACAUUUCUGCUGGUGUCUGGAUCACGAACAAGGACUCAUUCUUUACCAGGGAGCAAUACCAACAGUACAUAUAUUCUUGUAUUCGUCCAGAAGAUGGUCACUCUACAAGACCAAAAUUGGUCACUGUUCCACCAGCUAUUUACAAACCACAACCCCUGUGGACUGGUAAGCAAAUUAUCACAACUGUUUUGUUGAACAUUACUCCUGCUGAUAAACCAGGUAUCAAUUUGCUCUCUAAGAAUAAGAUCAAGAAUGAAUACUGGGGUAAGGGAUCAAAGGAGAACGAGGUUUUAUUCAGAAAUGGUGAGCUGUUGUGUGGUAUUCUGGAUAAGUCCCAAUAUGGUGCUUCCGAAUAUGGUAUUGUCCACUCUUUGCACGAAGUUUAUGGUCCAGCUGUUGCUGGUAAGUCUUUAUCCGUGCUUGGUAGACUUUUCACAAACUACAUCGUGAAUACUGCAUUCACUUGUGGUAUGGAUGACUUGCGUUUGACUGAAGAAGGUAACAAAUGGAGAUCCGAGAUCUUGCUCACAUCUGUUGAUGUCGGUCGUCUUGCUGCUGCUGAGGUGACAAACUUGGAUAAAGAUGUCAAACAGAAUGAUCCUGAGUUCUUGAAACGUUUGGAAGAAGUUUACCGUGAUGACAAUAAAUCUGGUAUUCUCGAUGCUGUCACCCAGUCGAAGGUUAACGCCAUUACAUCCCAAGUCGUUUCAAAGUGUGUUCCUGAUGGUACUAUGAAGAGAUUCCCAGAUAACUCCAUGCAAGCGAUGGCCUUAUCUGGUGCCAAGGGUUCUAAUGUCAACGUGUCUCAGAUUAUGUGUUUGUUAGGUCAACAGGCUUUGGAAGGUAGACGUGUGCCUGUCAUGGUGAGUGGUAAGACCUUGCCAUCCUUCAAAGCAUACGAGACUGAUGCCAGAGCAGGUGGUUACAUCAAGGGACGUUUCUAUUCUGGUAUUAGACCACAGGAAUACUACUUCCACUGUAUGGCUGGUCGUGAAGGUUUGAUUGAUACUGCUGUGAAGACUUCUAGAUCCGGUUACUUACAGCGUUGUUUGACUAAACAGUUGGAGGGUGUUCAUGUCACAUAUGAUAACUCUGUCAGAGAUGGUGAUGGUAGACUGAUUCAAUUCUUGUACGGUGGUGAUGCCAUUGAUGUUACCAAAGAAUCUCACAUGAAUCAGUUCAAGUUCUGUAUGGAUAACUACAAUGCUCUGUUAGCCAAAUACAAUCCAGGUCACUUGAUUGAGCAUUUGGACACCGAGGUUGCAUCGAAGUAUUCCAAGAAGGUUAAAAAACACCUCAAGAAGAAUUCUGAAUCAACGAAAUAUGACCCAGUAUUGUCCGUCUACAACCCAGCAAAAUACUUGGGAUCUGUUUCUGAGAAAUUUGACAAGAAGCUGGAUGACUUCAUUUCUGAGAAUCCACAACUCUUCAAGAAAUCCGGAAUCUCUGAGAAGAAGUUUGCUGCGUUGAUGCAACUGAAGUACAUGCGUUCUCUGAUUAACCCUGGUGAGGCUGUUGGUAUUAUUGCUUCCCAAUCUAUCGGUGAACCAUCUACCCAAAUGACCUUGAACACUUUCCACUUUGCUGGUCACGGUGCAGCAAACGUUACUUUGGGUAUUCCUCGUAUGAGAGAAAUCAUUAUGACAGCCUCCGCUUCUAUCAAGACACCACAGAUGACACUGCCAAUCAAAGAUGAAGUGGAUGACGAUAUGGCUGAUGCUUUCUGUCGUUCUGUUGCUAAGGUUGUAUUCUCUGAGCUUGUGGAUCAUGUCACUGUUACUGAAACUGCUGGUGAAGGCCAAAAUGCGGGUCGUGCUUACAACAUUGACUUCAAGUUCUUCAACAGUGAAGAGUACCAUCUGGAGUAUGAUGUAUCCAAGGAGCACCUUGAGAAGAUCAUUGUGGACAAGUUCUUAAGAACUGUCGAGGUGGCUAUCAUCAAAGAGGUCAAGAAACAGAAGAAGCCUAAUAAUGAGUCCAUGCCAGAGGUUGGUACUGCUCUUCCUAAGUUCAAGGACGUCGAACUUGUUUCAAAGGCAGGCGAAGAUGAAGAUGCUGAUGACGAAAAGCAACGUUCUAAGGGCAAGGAAUCCGUUUCCUACGAUGGCCCGGAUGAUGAUGAACUGGAAACUAUGAGAGCUGCUGAGAAGUCUGAUGAAGAGAUGAACUCCGACUCAGAUGACUCUGACUCAGAUUCCGAUUCUGAUGAAGAGGAGCAAAAGUCCAAGAAGACUGUAUCAACCAAGAAUGCCCGUGACAGACAAUCCGCAGUCUUGAGUGCACACGAUCUUAUCACUAAGUUUGAUUUCGAUGACGCCAACGGUGCUUGGUGCCAGUUCAGUCUUGUGCUUCCUGCUGGCACACAGAAGCUGUUGAUGGUCAACAUCAUUGAAGACAUCUGUCGUCGCUUUGUCGUUAAGGAGGUUCCACGUAUUGGCCGUUGUCUCCACCCACAACCAGAGAAUGGAAAGCGUGUGUUGACAACUGAAGGUGUUAACUUCCAGGCCAUGUGGGAUCAAGAUGACUUCAUCGACGUCAAUGGUAUCACCUCCAACGAUGUCUACGCUGUCUUGAAGACUUAUGGUGUUGAGGCUGCUAGAAACACAAUUGUUAAUGAAAUCCAGAACGUUUUCGGCCGUUAUGCCAUUACAGUGUCUUCUCGUCAUUUGGAUUUGAUUGGUGAUAUGAUGACUAGGGAAGGUACAUAUCUCGCCUUUAACCGUCAAGGUAUUGAUUCAUCUACGUCUGCUUUCAUGAAGAUGUCUUAUGAGACAACUUGUCAGUUCCUCACUAAGGCAGUUCUUGAUAGCGAUCGUGAAAAGCUUGAAUCUCCAUCUGCUCGUAUCGUGUUGGGUAAGUUGUCCGGUGUUGGUACUGGUGGUUUCGAUUUAUUGGCACAAAUGCCAAAGGAUGUGUGAUCAACACAUUUUAAUGGAUUUGGAAGAAAAGUUACACUCAUGUUUUUAUUGUACAUUAGAUAUCUCUUUUAUAUACAAUCUUUAAUGCAUUGAUAGAUCAAAUGAUGCCUA